AUGAACCAGCUGAUCGCUCCGCUCGUUUUCUUGGCAAGUUUUCCACCGUUUUUUUUUUCACAGAUUAUUUUAUAAUCCACAGUCCUGUUCAGUGUAUUCUUUUCCUCGUCUCAAUCGUCAAAGCCCGUCCAACCGAUGAGCAUCCGAGAUACACGGCCGCUCGUUUGACGGACGAGUACAAACACAUUUUGGACGGAAAGGUCAGAUUGGCAGAAAGCCACAUUUUCACGGACGACGUGACUGUUGAUGACUGCGGACACGGAGGCAACUACGGUAUCCGGAUCAAGCUCUGAAGUUCUCACAGAACGUUCUCGCUUUCAGAAUAUCUUUCCGACAAGCUCGAAGCGCUGAUCCCGAAGCUCAGCGGCGUCGAGAUGUCCGUCAAGUUUGCCUAUCCGCUUCCGUUCACCAACAACACCAUUCAAUUCUCCGUCGACGAGACACUCACCUUUCUGAACGGAGACGUCCAGCAGGGAGAGAAGGCGUUCUUCGCCAGAGCGGUCAGUUUCCCCUCUCUGUUUGCGCACAAUCGUUUUCCGUUUUUCAGGACGAUAAAGACGACGAAUAUAAAAUCUACGAUAUUCGUGUCGUACCAUGCUAUUCCUAA